AUGUUUCACAGUAGCAAAUCUUCAAAAGUUACUCUGCAUAAGAAACUCUUUGCACCAGUAUCAAUUACUAGUGCUUUGGGGUCUGGUUCUUCGACAGAACCUAAAGCAACGAUACCGGUCCUGUUGCCGGCCGAUCCGGUAUUAGAGACAGAAGUGCAAGCGGAAGUAGAGAUACAAACACAGGAACAAAAUAUUGUAUCUGUUUCUUCAAUAACAAUCUCUGAUUCGGCUUUGCCUCCUGCUACAAUUCCAACCCCGGUUCCCAACGCUCGUUCGAUCACAGAUACAGUAGAACCGCAGGAUACUCAAGCGGAAAACAAAGUUGUUGCGAACAGCAUUCAAGUUCUACCUCCUAGUCCUCCUCGAUCUCCUUUUCACCCUUCAUCUUCUGCGUCCUCCUCAUCACACCAAUCCGCAAACCACAGACGCAACAUGUCUUCAACCUCAACCACAACUACACAAUUCGGUUCUCCACCCCCUUCAUACACACCGUUCGUUACAAAUCCUCUCCCCCAUCAGACCUAUCCAUAUCACGUGCAAAACCAAUAUAGCCACACAAACGGCUAUCGAUACCCGAAUGAAAACAUGUAUAGCAAUGAAAUUCCAGCGGGUAAUCAAUUUGUGAAUGCGCCUCUGAAUCAUCAACUUAUUCAUAGAACGGGAUUUGCACCUCCAUCUCCUUCUCCAUCUCCGAAUUUGCAACUUCCUGAUCUGGUGAAUGAGGUGUUGAGGUUGAGAGAUCGGUUGAAUUUGUUGGAGGGGGGUGCAUUGGCUUUACCGGGUGAGAGGGGUAGGGAUAGGGGAAGAGGAAGAGAUAGAAGAGGGGAUAUUGAAAAUGAUGAGGAGAGAAAAAAUAAGAAAGCAAAGGAAAUAGAAAGGGAAACUAAAGAAGCAAAAGAGAGAUGGGAAGAAAUUGAGAAAUGCGGAUUGGGGUAUGAGGAUUUUUUGGACGAGUUUUUUGGUCACGACUAUAGUGAUUGGAAGAUUGUAAAGUUUGAUUUUGAGGAGGGGGAGGUUGAGGAGGGCCUGCAGGUGGAAUUGGGAGAGCGGAUGGAAGUGGUAGAUGAGGUUCGUGAUGUGGAAGAGAAGAGUGGAGAUAAAUACGAAGAAGAAGAGGAGGAGGAGGAGGAGGAGGAGGAGGAGGAGACUGAGAGUGAGGAAUUCGAAACCCAAGAAAAAACUCCAGAAGACAAAAACCCAAAACCCGAAGACACAAUAACCCUCCUCCCAUCCGUGUUUAUCGACGAACGCUCAAAGUCUCGUUUACACCCUCCCUACUCAUCUUCCUCAUCGACAUUUUCCUCAUACUUCCCCCGCUCUUUAGCUCCCUCAACUCCACAAUACAAUCAACAAAAUUUCGAAGAAAUUCCUCUAAGAUGUACGCCAGUAGCCCCAGAUCCUCCUCGGAUUAUCCAACGACAACAUCCAGAUCCAUCGCUCCCGGAAUGCGGCUGUCAUUACUUCGUAGACGCUGGUUCGAUCAGCAAUGUAACGGUUAUAUAUCCUGUUGCUUCUUUGCCGCAAAGUAUGGAUGAUUUGGAAGAGGAGAAGGAGGUUGUUAGAUGUGUGUUGGAGGGAUGGAACAGAGGGAAUAUUGAUAAGUAUGGGCACCGUCCAUCGAAGAGAGCAUAUGCUGCUAUUAUCUACCCCGAUCCACAAGCCCCCCUCCCCCGCAAAAAACUACGCAUAGCACUUUCCUUCACCCCUAUAUAUCCCCCUACCUCAUCUUCCACAUCCACCAUUUCCACAACCCAGACUCCUACAAAUCCAGAAGAUAUAACAACAGAUACGUCUAUCUAUAUCAGCACUACGAAUGGAUGCACUUCCUUUUCACUGAGUGGUAAUAAUGGAGUUAUGGAUUAUGCGAAGUAUAAAGUGAAAUAUAGUAAUCAGGAUGUGCAUGAGAGACACGAUGGGAUUUUGGAGGUGGGGAGAUUGAGGGGGGCGUUGGGGUAUGAAGUAUUUGGGAAGAAAGGCGGGGAGGGAGGAGAAGGAAAGGGAGAAGAGAGGGGAGAGAGAGAUGGCACAGAAAACAAGAUAGGAGAUGAGGAAGAGCAUUGGGAAAACGAAGCGGUAAAAGAUAAGUGGAAAUAUGAUAGUCACGAUGUAGGAUGGGGAGACAAUAGGAAAGGAUAUGAAUUAGAGGAUAAAAAAGAGAUGGAAGGGGGUUGGAUUUGA